UCCGGUAGGACUCUUCGGAAGCAUGGCUGCCAUCGGGGUGCACUUUGGAUACACAUGUGCCUGUGUUGCCGUAUUCAAGGAUGGACGAGCAGAUGUUGUGGCAAAUGAUGCCGGGGACAGAGUCACUCCAGCUGUGGUCGCAUACAGAGACACUGAACAGAUAGUGGGAAUUGCUGCUAAGCAGGGCAGAAUACGAAAUGCAGCCAAUACGGUUGUUAAAGUGAAGCAGAUCCUGGGCAGACGCUAUGAUGAUCCAGAUGCCCAGGCACACAAAGAAGAAAGCAAAUGCAUUGUUGUCAACAAGAGCGACCUGCCAAGAUAUGAAAUCGACACGGGAGAGACGACCAAGUAUGUCUCACCUGAAGACGUAGCUAAAUUGAUCUUCCAUAAAAUGAAAGAGACGGCCCAGUCGGCCUUGGGUUCGGAUGUGAAAGACGCUGUCAUAACAGUGCCGUUUGAGUUCGGAGAGAUGCAGAAGAAUGCGCUCAGGCAAGCUGCAGAAACUGCGGGGUUCAAUGUGCUGAGGCUCAUCCACGAACCCUCCGCUGCCCUUCUAGCUUAUGGAAUCGGCCAAGACUCACCGUUGGGAAAAAGUCAUGUGCUGGUGUACAAACUCGGAGGCACGUCACUCAGCGUCACCGUCCUGGAAGUGAACAGCGGAAUGUACCGUGUCCUCGCAACACAGACGGAUCACAGGACGGGAGGAGAGAGCUUCACGCAUGAGCUCGCACAGCACCUCGCGGCAGAGUUCAAAAAAACUUACAAACAGGAUGUGACGGGUAACCCCAGGGCGAUGCUUAAGCUCAUGAACAGUGCUGAUGUGGCCAAACACACCCUCUCCACCCUGGGCAGUGCAAACUGCUUUGUGGAUUCGCUCUACGAUGGCAUGGAUUUUGAGUGCAACGUCUCAAGGGCCCGUUUUGAGCUAAUAUGCUCCAGCCUCUUUAAUAAGAGCAUUCAGCCAAUUAAAGGUCUUCUUGAGCAAGUAAACCUGUCCACCUCUGACAUCAACAAGGUGGUUUUAUGUGGAGGAUCAGCUCGUAUCCCGAAGUUGCAACAGAUGAUCAGGGAUUUGUUCCCAGACGUAGAACUGCUGAACUCCAUCCCACCGGAUGAGGUCAUUCCGGUCGGAGCUGCCAUGCAAGCAGGCAUCCUGGUUGGAAAAGACAGUCUGGCACUUGGAGAAGAUUCCAUCACUGUGGACUGCUGUGCCAGCGACAUCACGGUUAAGGAAGUGGAUGACACCGGAGCUGAGGUUUUUACGGUUUUGUUUCCAUCUGGCACACCUCUCCCUGCCCGCCGCCAGCACACGCUGCAGGGUCCUGGCAGUCUGUCGUCAGUGAGUCUGGAGCUCUACCAAGCACAGCGACCAAUCGCACAGGUUGUACUUAGAGACUUGGAACCUAAAGAGGAGCUGCAUGACAUUGUUACUGUGCUGACAAUGAAGAGGGACGGUUCACUGCACGUUACGUGCACAGAGCAGGGCAGCGGCAGAUCUGAGGCCAUUACUAUAGAAAUGGCAGCUGCAGCAUCUUAACCUUGAA